GAGUGUUUCUUAAGUCUAAUCGGAUCACACAGAGUACCAGACACAUCGCCUCAGUGACUAUUCAUAGCUGCUUACCCCAAAAAUACACUCACACACGCACGCACACACUCAUUCUGCUGCACUCAUUCAACAAGGCUGACUCAUUGUCCCAGAAAAAAAAACCCUGCUUUGUUAUUUUACUUUGCUGUCUCCAUGCUUCUAUUCGAGAAUGUCCCCGUGAUUACAGCCGUCCCCGUAACGGUCCCUGUAUCUGUCCUGAGACCUGUUUUAGGAUCUGUUGAGUUAACAAAAUCAUGAGUGGUGAAUGUUAAGAAUGUUUUAGGGCUUAUUGUUAAUCUGUAAUGUCAUUGUUACCUCGGCCGUGAUGGAAUCAGUGGGGCGUGGUAUUGUAAUCAGUUUGUUUGUUUGUUUGUGUGUCUGUUAACAAUCUAGCGUCUAGACGGUUGCACGGAUUGACUUCAAAUUUUCAAGGUAGGUAGGCAAUAGUGCAUAGAUUACCUGAUUAAAUGUUGGGGGUAAUCAGGUCAACGGAAAGGUCAACCUUUCGGUCAAAAUAACAUAUUUUCCAUUAUAACUCAAGUUGCCGAUAGACAAAUGUUUACUAUUAUGAGUGUAUAGGAACUCCCAUAUGGCCUUUCAUUUGGCACCAUGAUCUUUGACCUUGAAAGGUCAAACUCACGGUCACGGAUUUUCAUCGGACUAUAACCUGAGAUUUGAAAAAUGUUACCAUUAUCAACAUAUAGUAGGUAUAAAAUAAGUGCUGCCGGGCGAGGUUUGUUUUGCCUGGCAACCCUUGUUUAUUUUUUAAAGUGACAGUCAACUUUAUUUUCAGGCUGUUUACGGAAAUCAGUCUCCAAAGAAAUGAAAUGACGACGAUCAUCCAGCCGAAAACUGAACCAUGAAAUAUGACAAGGUGAUAAAUUUAUAUCCUUGACAAAAAAAUACGUUGUUAAAAUGAAUAUUGGCAGUCACAUGUAUGGUCACAUGAUACCAUCAUGAAAGUGUAAAGCUAUGAAACUACGUAUAAUGGGUCCGAUUUGAGGAGAGUAGAGUGGAGUAGAUCAGAGGAAAAUAAAUAUAACGUUACGAGGGAAGGAUGGGAAUAUUUUGUGUUUUAUUCAUCCAGCUGUUCAUGACCGUCACCCUCAAAGAGAAGGAGCAUCCACUUUAGCUGCACUGUCACUGACGUCAUAUCUAAUAAUACACCGUGAUAACAGAAAGACAGAGAUAGCACCAGUGAGACGAUAACACUGAGAGGAAGCUAUAUAAAGGGUCCAGAGAUCGGAGUGGGAGCACGAAACAGUCAGCUUGCUGCUAGUCAGGACUUUACGGACAUACGACAUGUCUCAGCCAGGAGAGGUGAAGAAGAAGAAGCGUCCGCCGAUGAAGGAGGAGGACCUGAAAGGGGCCCGCAGUAAGCUGGGCCUGAAAGGAGAAGUGAAAAGUAAAACAUAUGAAGUCAUGGUGGAGUGUGAACGUAUGGGUAAGACGGCUCCAUCUGUGUUUAGCGGAUUGCGCACCGGAACAGAGACGGCGCUGGACAAACCCAAAGCUCCAUCAGGGAGCGUCUUCGGCAAGUGAGGAGAUCAGGAGACCAUCUGCGUUAAAGCUCACCGUGGGCCAAUACUUUGAGAAACACUUCGAGGAAAGGCCGGUGUCCAGUUAUAUGAUGAUUGAACUGGAAUUUGGAGCGACACACAUCUUAUUUCCAAAUGUCGAAUUAAUUUUUGUAGAAUUUGUACAAUUUUUUGAAACAGAGGUGUUUGGUUGAUGCUUUUGUUCUUAUUUCAAGUCUUAUGUUUUAUACAUUAAAACAUUGUCAUAACGUUC